UUUUUAUAAUCAGUUGUAGCUCGUUGGUCGUCUCGUUACCAUGGUUACAUUUCCGUCAUGUGGAAUUUGUUUUUGUCGUCACUUUAUCUUUUCGUGGUUAUAUAUGUACAUAUCAAGUCACAUUAGAUAAAAUUGUUGAAUUUUGUUUGAAUUCAAAUUAAGCGCCCUUUAAGGUCUAACUUAAUUGUGGCUGUAGGAAGGAAUGGCUAACGGCGAAUUGCUCGUUCGCAUGACGAGCAUUGACGAAUUUUGGGACGAAAUAGUGACACGGACGAGUGGAAAAUUACCCUACAGUUCGAACGGUGACUCGGUAUCACGAGUUAUCGGGAAUGACCCCUGGCUUAGGUUUGCCACGUUGUAUAGUGGCAACGGACAGAAGUACACGAUCGGUCAAAAAUUCGAAAGUCGGGAAACCCAAGGAGAAUUCUUGUUCUGCUUUGGUCCCGGUGUUUCUAAAGGAUCCCAUUGCGAAAUAGUUUGUUACGAAGGGUCAUUCUACAUCCAAAACGCGAAGCCCCUUUUUGCCGAAAUUUGCGAAACUUUCAUCAAUGGGGUCAAACUCGUGGGACGGCAAGAACUCCAUUUUGGCGACAUGAUCUCUCUCGGGAACCAAUUUUCCGAUCAAUGCAGACGCAUCAACGAUUUGCACGAGUACAAAAACAGUGCCAGAGUCGUGUUUUGGUUUAUGAAAGUCCAGACUUGCUCGGCGUAUACGCGAUUACCCAUCCAAGGCUGGUAUUGGGAUUGGAAGAGAUAUACCACGUACGAAAAGACGAGAUCGGAUUGGCUCAAAGGGGAUCAGCACGAGGAGUCGAUUGUCAAUAACAAGUCUGACAUCAUGAAUAUUAAAAAAUUACGAUCUUAUCCUUCAAUAAGAGGAGAAGAAGCUCGAUGGGAUAGGAUUGACACGUUGGCCUUAUCAACCAUACUAAACAACCUAAAAUCUCCCCGCGACCUUGGAAACUGCCGCCUCGUAUGUUCCACGUGGAAACAAGAAGCUACCAAGCGUCUCAAUAAACUUGCCACCGUUAACUUUAGUCUAUCCGAUAAUUACCCCUCUUUACGAAAUCGGUUAUCCAACUUUAUGCAAGAAGGGGUAACCUUAUCCCCGAAAACGAUAAAUUUUUCAUGUUCCUUAUGCCAUUGCGGCGAAGAUCUCGUUCAUACGAAAAAACUCGCAGAAUCUUGGCAAUGCAGUCCCGAUGCAAAAUUUUACUCCGAUAUGGAAGCCUUCUUACGAGGAGGAUUUGUCACGUCCGGGUCAAAGGUCAGACUCAGGGUGGCAAACGAUAUCACCUGCGAGCAAGGAUGGGGACGAUUAGAAAACCUUUUGAAAUUGGCGCAUCUCUCCCUAGAACAGCUGGAUCUUUGCAUCGACGAAGAUUUAAUAGUUAUAAAACGCGUAGAAUUACCUGGAACGGUGAAAAUGUUCCCAUCCUUGAAAACCUUUGAUCUUAAACUACUUCAUAAGAUGAGUCUGAUUCAAAUGCACCAGAACUUUUACCCCAUCAAGGAAUCCGUAAUGACCGAAUGGGUCAAGUUUUUCGUUAGUAGGGCUCCUUAUCUAGAAUCGUUAACGUUAGAUCCUUCAGAUUCGACGAGUUCGAUGUGUUCCUCGUUAUUCUUGAGGGAAAUUGUAGCCGGGGGAUUUAAACAUUUAAAGUCACUCAGCCUCUAUAGAUAUUCUCAUUACGAGCUAAACACUCUAUUGAAAUUGGAUAGAAAGUUGGAAACCUUAGUGUUAUCGGACUAUCUUGAAGAGGACGAUCUAGAUUGGGGCAUGGAUCCUAGUGCGUCACACUCGUUAAUGACGGAUGUUCUAGAAACGUUCGCGCCAAAUUUAAAAUACUUAGAAUUAGGGUUACCAUGCGGACGUCAUGGGGCCGUUAGAAUGCCGACAUUCCCAGAAUUGAGGGUGUUCAAAAUUAAUGACGAUUCCGAACCUAACAUCGAAUUUUCACCGGGGGGAAUAAACUAUGCUAAGCAUUUUCCUAAAUUGAAAGAACUAGAGAUAUUUUUAGGUUUUUUGGACUCUGGCGAGUCAGGAUUUUUAUCAUAUCUGAAAAUUUUUGUUCCGGAAGAUCCCUCACAAAUUUGUAGGACCGUGACCCGUUUGAAAUUCCCGUUUUUGGAUAACAUUAGUAAAAUUGGGGCAGCGAACGAAAGAGCGCGAAAAUGGUGGUACGAAUUAGAUUUGCAUUCAAGGAGGGAUAUGGAUGACGGGAAAAUUGUGGGUCAAAUUGCAAAAUUAUUUCCAAAUGCGAGAAACAAUUAUUUAGUAAAGGUCAGGAGCCAGGAGAAGGAAGACCUUUUGUACGAGGAGUCAUGCAAAUUUGGCACCCUGACGCCAUGGGCGGUUAGGUGUAAUAAACCCAUUUUUGUAUCAAGGCCGAGAAAAAUUUUCAUAGAAAAUGAGCCAUGAAAUUAAUUAUUGUGGUUUGACACUAAAAAAUCAAUGGGGGUAUUCAUCACGAGUUUGAAUCGUGAUACUUUUUUAAAGUACGAUUUUUUGCGAGUAGAGUUACAUGUAUACCGGUCAGUAAUGAUUUAAUACAGGUUUGCUAUGAGUGUACUACUCGUGAAAAUUCAUAAGUAGUUUUUCAAUCAAAUAUGCAAUAGUUUUUUAUUUAUUAAUUUUGUUUUGUUGUUAAAGAUGCGAACUCGUCAUGAAUACCCCCCCCCACGUAAUGUUAAGUAGUUAAUUGUUUAGCUUUACCGAUAAGACUGAUAACAUCACUUAUUGUACAUAUCGUGUCACCUUUGGAAUAAAAAUGUAAAAUUGUAAUAAAAAAUGGAAUAAAAAUCAACAUUGCCGGUAAAUUGAAAA